UCUCACGCACACAGUCAGAAACAAAAAUGGCCGAAGACCAAAGCGAGCAAACUUCUCCUGGUGUUCUGGAAGAAAUUUUCACGUCGCCUCUAAACCUGAGUUUGUUGUGCCUUUGUUUGUUUCUGUUGUAUAAAAUAUUUCGCGGGGAUAAACCUGCGGAAGUGGCUGAAGCUGAGGAUCCGCUACCUAAGCUGAAGAAGAGAGACUUUACUCGGGAGGAGCUGAAGCAGUAUGACGGAGUCACAAAUCCGAGGAUCCUCAUGGCUGUCAAUGGCAAAGUGUUUGAUGUGACAAGAGGAAAGAAGUUCUACGGCCCUGAUGGCCCUUAUGGAGUCUUCGGAGGGAAAGAUGCUUCCAGGGGAUUGGCUACAUUCUGUCUGGAGAAGGAGGCCUUGAAAGAAACACAUGAUGAUCUUUCAGACCUCACUGCAGCCCAGCAGGAGAGCCUGGGCGAGUGGGAGACGCAGUUCACGUUCAAAUACGAUUACGUCGGCAAACUUUUGAAGCCUGGCGAAGAGCCGACAGAGUACACGGACGACGAGGAAGUGAAGGACAAAAAGAAGGACUAGGUCAUGAGAGGCACCCAAACAUCUUUUCUUUCAGUUGUGCCUAAUGUACUUGCAAUCAUCGAUGUGUCUUGAUAAUUCUGGUUCACUAUGACUGUUUGGUCUGAACCUCCACACCCUCACUUUUCAGCAUGCCAUAAUUAAUCUGUGCUAAGAUGAAUUUUUUUUUAAAGAGAGCCAGCAGAAGUAGGAGCAAAAGUUAUUCUUGUACUUAGCUGCAACAUACUCGAGCAACGUGGACCACAUCUAACAAUAAUGUUUGAAUAGCAAGUAAUUACGAUACACUACAUACAUACGUUUUAUAUAUUUCAAAACAACACAUGAGGGAAGCAAGAAUGUGAUGUCAGUGUUUCUACAGAUACGUAGACAAAAUCUAACAUUCCAUGACUGGGGUCUUAAUGCUGAUAAGACUUUAUGAUAUUAUCACUUGUAUCUGAAAAUACUUAUUAAAGCAAUUUUCAUAUGA